CUAGAAACAGUUGUUUACAAGUAAGUUUUUAUUGUCAGGAACUAAAAUAAAACACCGAAACGGUUGAAACAUCAGCAUUUUUUCAGAAGGAAUAAAAAAAUCUUGACUGAAAUAUGUUUUUAUAAUUGAUUAUAGUAGAUACGUGAUCUGCAAAAUAUUUUUAGUAACUGAACUAUGAGUUCGUCGAACGAACUAAACGAGUCCAUUAGACUUUAUACAGAGCAGCUUUCUCAGGUAGAACAUGCUCUGGCUACCACGGAAAACUCAAGCGAACGAAAAGAUUUAGAAAAUCUCAAGGAUGAUCUAAAUGAACUACUCCACCUAACACGUGAAACAUUAGAACAGGAGCAUGGACAGGGCACUAGCGCCUCAAGUGAUGGUGGAAUGAAGGAUGAGUUUGCGGCAUUCAUGGCCGAAAUAAAUGAUUUGGAUUGCGAUGAUCAGCACCAGUCGGAUCGAAAUCCUUCUCCAAACGAUGCAUCGGAGGCCCUUGCAGAUCUCAUAGGAAGUAAGUGCUCUGCUCCACACCUUCACCGAUGGGGUUCAAAAGCGUUUCACAAUGCGCUUAUAUGCAGUCUCGAUGCAUCCGAUAACCAUGACAUAAAGAUGAAAGUGCUGUUCAUCAAUCCGACCCACCAGGAAAUGAUACCUUGUCCCUUUUUCCUAGAAGGCGAAUGUAAAUUUGAUGAUGAUAAAUGUCGCUACUCGCAUGGAGAAAUGGUAGCUUUCAGUGAUCUAAAAGACUAUCGUCAGCCACGCUUUGAACUAUUGGAAAAGAAGGGUUGGCGGGUUUUAGCGAAACAAAAAAACCGUUUAUGGGCCAAAGGCGCCGUCAAGGAGGCUGAUUUCGACAAAAAGAUGUGUAAAAUAAUUAUAGACGAAGGAAAACAAAUGCUAGAGUUACCAUUUGAAGAUAUUUUACCUUUGGAGGACGAAGGUGACGAUAAUUUACUUUCAAAUUCUGAUGAUUCUUCGUCAGAAGAUGAUGGUACUCUCGAUGAUGACGCUGCAUUUCGACAAGCCGGAAUAAUCCAACGAAGUUUGCUCAAUCCAGCUCCAUCACAACGGUUGGGUGAAUGGGAGAAAUAUACAAAAGGAAUCGGUUCUAAGAUAAUGAUUAAAAUGGGGUAUGUUGUGGGUGCCGGACUAGGCAGUAAAGGAGAAGGAAUAGUGGUUCCUGUUAGCGCGCAAGUGCUUCCACAAGGAAGAUCAUUAGAUUAUUGUAUGGAGUUGCGUGAACGUGCGAACGGUAACAGUGACUUAUUUAGUGUUGAAAAGAAACUUCAACGACUGAAAAAAACACAAGAAAUGAAAAAUGCGAGACAGCAUGGGAAAAAUGCGAAACGUAAGGUAGAUGUUUUCAAUUUUCUUAAUAAUGAAAUAUUGGGUAACACGACGAGCGAUUUUUCCGGUUCAUCGGAUAAAAAACAAACAGCACUACCGGAAAAACUUGAUUUGCCUAGUUGCUCAUCCAAAAAUUUGAACAUUGCUAGUCUGAAGUUGUCGCAGCACACUAGGCGAUUGACAGGUGACAUCGAACGAUUACAAAAUUCCCUUGCUCGGCAUCAGCCAGGCUCACAAGUUUACUCGAGUCUCAAGAAGCAGAUUGCCGAUAAGCGUUCCGAAAUAGCACAAAUGCAGGUUACUGAAAAAAGCAUCAACCAAGAACAGCAGUUACGAUCCGAUAAACGUAAAAUGACAAUAUUUUAAAAUGAAUUAACAGAAAGAGAAAUCUUUAAUGAAGCACCGAUUCAUAAGAGCUGUGGAUUAUGCAUAUGUACGUUUGUUCAUGUGCACAUUGCCGUUAGCGAUUCACUUUAGUCGGAACCAGGUUCAGUUGUAAUAAUUCUAUUCCGUAUUACCUAGACAGCGCUUUAAAGUUUUGAUUUAAUAUCUAAAAGUAACUUUCAGAUAUUUGUAUCUAAAGGAAAGAUAUUGGUAAUCAUUCAGUUGUAGUUAAAAUAUGUUUUCUUACUGAACUCUCCAGUAGAUUAAUUGCGAAUAAAUUGCAGCUUAUUUAUUAACUCACCAGUUAAGUAAAAUGACAAAAAUUAUGUCACCUCUGCCGAAAAUCAAAUAUAAAUUCACAAAAGUACACAA